AUGGUCAGCGAGCAGGGCGCGAUCCCGGUCGUGGACUUCAGCGCGUGGUCGCACGGCUCGGCGAGCGACAAGAAGCGCAUUGCCCAAGAAUUGACCGACGCAUGUCGUCGAGUCGGCUUCGUGUAUAUCGUCAACCACGGCGUAUCUAACGACGUCCUCGAAGAAGCAUUCGGGUGGUCCAAGAAGCUCUUCGACCUACCGGAGGAAAAGAAGAUGCUGGCACCUCAUCCACCAGGCCCCAGUGUUCACCGCGGAUAUUCGUGGCCAGGCCUGGAAAAGGUGUCGCAAGAUAUCAUCCGUGAGGGGGACGGGCGGAAAGAAGCCGAGAAUCGGAAAAUUGCAGACUUCAAAGAGAGUUACGAGAUCGGGAGCGAGCACUCCCAGCUGCAGCCGAACAUCUGGCUACCGGAAGAUAUCCUCCCCGGCUUCCGUGAAUUCAUGACGCGGUUCUAUUGGAAAUGCUUCGGGGCGGGGAAGGAAUUGCUGCGCGCUCUGGCACUCGGCAUAGGUAUCGAAGACGAAGACUUCUUCCUGUCCUUCCACAGCGGCGGGAACAACCAACUACGGCUGCUGCAUUAUCCGCCGGUCGAGGUAGAGAGGCUGUCCAGCAACGUUGUCGCUCGGAUGCCGGCUCACUCGGACUGGGGGACUAUCACGAUGUUGUUUCAGGACGAGUGCGGAGGCUUGCAAGUCGAGCACCCCGGCAAACCGGGCCACUUUGUCGACGCGAUGCCGAUGAAGAACGCGGUGGUGAUGAACGUGGGCGACUUGUUGAUGAGGUGGAGCAAUGAUUUCUUGAAGUCGACGCUCCACCGUGUUACCUUACCACCAGCUCCCGGUCGGGGGCAGGCGGAAGGGGUGCCGAUGACCAAGCCGCGAUACUCGAUCCCAUACUUCGUGUCGCCGGAUCCGCAGGCCGUGAUCGAGUGUCUACCUGUCUGCACCGACGAGAAGCACCCGGCCAAGUACGAGCCAGUUACGCAGGAGGAGUACAGGCGGAUGAGAGGGAGGGGGCAAUACGAGGAGGUCCCGGUAGCGUCCUAG